CCCCAAGCACACACACACACACACACACACACACACACACUCCCUCUCCCUCCCUCCCUCUCUCUCUGUCAUCCAGAUCGUGGCAGACGGAGAGACAAGGACAAAAACCCAACCACGAUCUCUGAGAGCUACGCUACAGGUUGUUGUCCAGGAUGGCAGGGAUGAAGGAACAGCAGAUCACAGAAGAGAAGCCCCUGCUGCUGGAGCAAAGAGGAGCAGAUGCAGACAUGCAGGAUAAAGGAGAGGAGGCAUCGGUGGGACUCCCGUGCCCCGAAAGCCCCGUACCCCCUAAUGAACCCCCUMCCCCCCGCCGCCCCACUCACCGCUGGCAUGCCUUCGCACGGCACUGGCUCCGCCAGACCCGCCGUCGGACCAGCGGGGUCCUCCCGGAAUGCCCUGAACAACUGAUGCCACCAGGCGACUGGAAGGAACAUGAUGUGGAGACCCCUUACGGGAUGCUGCAUGUGGUGAUCCGAGGCGCUCCCAAGGGGAACAAGCCUGCGAUCCUCACCUACCAUGAUGUGGGAUUGAACCACAAAAUGUGCUUCAAUCCCUUCUUCAAUAACGAGGACAUGCAGGAGAUCACCAAGCACUUUGUGAUUUGUCAUGUCGACGCCCCAGGACAACACGUCGGAGCUACGCAGUUCCCACAAGGGUACCAGUAUCCCACCAUGGACCAGCUGGCUGGGAUGCUGCCCACUGUUGUUCAGCAUUUUGGAUUCAAGAGCAUCGUUGGGAUUGGAGUCGGCGCUGGAGCUUAUAUUCUGGCCAAAUUUGCUCUGUUGUUCCCUGACAUGGUGGAGGGUUUGGUUCUGCUCAACAUCGACCCGAACGGCAAAGGAUGGAUUGACUGGGCUGCCUCCAAGCUGUCGGGUCUGACCAGCACCAUCCCAGACACUGUGCUGCCACAUCUUUUCAGCCAGGACGAAAUGGUGAACAGCACAGAACUGGUUCAGAGUUACCGACAACAGAUAACCGACUCCAUCAACCACCAAAACCUCCAGCUUUUCUGGAACAUGUACAACAGUCGGAGGGACCUGGAGAUGAACCGUGGUGGGACAACGAUUAAUGCCAAGACCUUGAAGUGCCCAGUGAUGCUGGUUGUGGGAGACAACGCUCCUGCUGAAGAGGGAGUGGUUGAGUGCAACUCCAAGCUGGAUCCAACCAACACCACCUUCCURAAGAUGGCUGACUCUGGUGGACUGCCACAGCUCACACAGCCGGGGAAGCUGACUGAAGCCUUCAAGUAUUUCCUGCAGGGAAUGGGCUACAUCGCUAAUGUGAAGGAUCGGAGGUUAAGUGGAGGGCCAGUGCCCUCUGCCAGCAUGACCCGCCUGGCCCGCUCCAGGACAGCCUCCCUGACCAGCGCCGGCUCCGUGGAGGGGUCCCGCUCCCGCGCCUGCACCAACUCCGACAGCGGCGAGGGUGUCGGCGCGGUCUCCCAGACCAUGGAGGUGUCCUGCUGAGGAGCCACAGAGAAAAGGGAGGAAGAGGGGUAGUGGCGGGUGGAGAGGGGAGAAGAGGAUCAAAAAUAAGGCUUGAUGAUGAGUGUCAGCUGGUGGCUUUCUCUCUCUCACUGUCUUCAUCUUUGUCUGCCAUCUUCUUCCCCUUGUCACUGUAAAAUACCAUCUGUACUGCUUCUAACACAUCCGGCAGACCUUUGACUAUCCACCCCAAACCCUUUUUACCCCACACUUAAAGAUUUAUCUGCUGGUUUUGCUCUCGAAGUGUCAUUCUUGUGUUUGCUAAGUGUUCCUCAUUUAAUUUGCCUGCACCCCUCUAAUCUCCUUCCUCCCCCCCCGAGAAAAGACACGCACACACGCACCUACACAAACAAGUUGAAACAACUGGUUACCCACACACCRAUAUGUAAUUUCAAAGCUCCUGUUUGUUUCGAAGGUAAAAAAAAUAAAUAAAUGAGAAGGAAAGCAGAACUUUUUGGGGGUGCCACAAAGGUAAAUAAAUGAAAACAGAUAAAUGCAUGUGGAUUUUGGAAAGUAGUUCAUGUUAUUUGUGAGAAACUGGCAGUAUCUCUCUCUGCAGCGUUUAUGAGGAAGCUGAUCUCCUGCCAUAACAGGGCCAGUGAGAACAAAAAAAAAAAAGGUGCGUCCAGAGUCGGGCAGGUUUCAUCACGUGGUCUUACCGUAGCAUGAUGUGUUAGACAUGAUGUGUUAGUUUAUUUUAGAGCCUAGUUGGAUCAGAGCGCACUGAAGCAAAGCUGCACUUGGUCUGAGUUCAUUUUUAAGAUACGACAAUUGGAUGUUGCCGUCUUCCCCAGCCUGGCGCUGUAGAUUUACUUUUCCACUGAAAAUAAGGUGGAGGCAACUUCUCCCACCUCAGAGCCUGGAAAUUAAACUCCCAUCAGUUUAAAUAGAUGCAGGGAGCUGAAGCGUUUGGAGUAAGGGUGAUUUUUUUUUAUGCAAGAUGACAAUCUGGAGCUGCGUGGUUUCAAAUGAGGCAUGCUGUUUCUGAAGGAUGCGCAUUUUUUAAGUUACAGGACAAGUAAAAAACAUUAUGAUCAUUUCUAGGAUGGUGGCAGUUCUGUGUUGCAUGUUUAUCUCUGCACUAUGGUGACGGUUGAAACUACAUUUUCUUAUAUAACAUUUUUAUGCAUGKAAAAUGUUUUUACUGUUUAAGCUGUUUGUUUAGAGUUAAACUYGUCUGUAAAAGUUCAUAGAUUUUAUUUUAGAUUAGUGGUCAUACUGACCCAAAACAGGAUAAUAUGAUGAUGUUUCAUAGUCUGUAUUAUUUGUUCAUCCUAGGAUGAAAUACCUCAGAUUUGAGAAAGUUUUGCUGUUUAAAAUAAUAUUGUUAGUUCUUUAAAAUGAGUAGAAUAUUUUUAUAUUCUCYAUAUGACUGUAGGAAAUAGUUUUCAGAUCUUUCAAACUACUUUUCUGUCUUUUUGAGAGGAAAGUUGCAUCAGUCAGUCAACCAGAGAUUAGAUCUAUCUUGGUAGACGAUGAUUUGUUAAAAAAAA